AUGGAAAUGGCGGACACGUCUGCUGUAGACUUGCAGAGAGCUGCUUUCGGUUACUUUUCCCGCACAAGUUACAUCAGUAAACGAAUUCUAGCUGAGGAAAAAACAUUUCUAAAACAUCUUGGAAACCAGUGGAAUGAGUUACCGACUAAACAUCGAAAUGAUUUGUUAGAUUUGCUGUUUGUGGAUGAUCCGAUCCGGGCUAGCUAUCAUAGCUGCUAUGCAGACCGAGUAGCUGCGGCCGACGUUGUGCAGGAAUCGUUUCCUCGCUUGUACAUCAGUUCUGGAAAUAAGAUCAAUGUCGACUUUGAGAAUGAUCUGUGGACGUGGAGAGAUGAGCAUUCUGGUCCAUUUUCUUGGAUGUCCAGGAGUCAGCAGGAUCUGACCUUGUUGGACCUGGAACCAGAGAACAUAUCAAAACCACAGCCAAAAUCACUUAGGGGUGACACCGAUGAUGACAAAGUUCAGAAAGUUGCGGAACCCCAGUUUACUCAGCCCAGUAGCUCAUGGUGCCACAGCAUUGUUGAUGACUUCCGAAAGAAUGAACAAAAUGUGGUUCUCACCCCAUCCAACUCCAUGACUUUGCUGGGUGUGACCACAGAUUCUUCAAAUGAUGAUGAUGCAAAUCUAGAUGGUGGUAAUCCUGCCACCUCAUGUCAACCUCGAGUUUCUAGUCAAGGUGGAGUCACAGAUGGUUCAAAUUCUUUCUCAGCUUCAGACAAGAAGUAUGAUGGAAAAGAUAAGAACAGAUCUCCUUCACCAAAGAAAAUUGUACGAACUGGUAGCUUUAAAAAGUCGCCCUCCAAGAACGUAGACAGCGGGGAGCAGAAGCUGAUUGUCUGCGAUGAACCAGAGAUGGAUGACAGAACCAAUGCAUUCAGCAAUCCGGUCAUGGAAUCUGAAUGGUCAAACUUUGUGGGUCCCACAGGAGAUGAUCUGUCUUCAAACACCCAGGACUCCCCUGUCACCUCGGCUCCAGAAUCCAUGGCCAUGGACAGAGGCAGCGACGUGAGUUGUUCCCCAAAAGGAGAGUAUAUUAGUUUGAUCGAGCAGUCGUAUUCUCCGGCUCGGACAAGUUCAAGGACAGUGACUUCGCCUGCCAUCAGCGAGUGGUCGGCUCAGAGUACACCUGAUCAUACAACACAUCUACUGAAAGGCAUGCAGUCGCCAGUGCAUCACAGGCACCCUGUGCCACAGCCCAUUAAACUUUCAUCAGCCAACUGUAAAGAUCUGCCAGCCGAACUGGAGACUGAGGAAAGCGAGGAGGUCUUGAGAGUCGAGAAGGAAGGGGAUAAAAUUGUGGUGACGACACAAGUAGAGAACAAGAGAGACAGUGACAUCCCAGUUACAGGCUUUGACUUUCUGGAUGAGUGGUAA